ACCAUGGUUAGUCGACUUCGACCCAUCAAACCCUGCGGUCGAUUCAGAAAGCAAAAUCCAGCUGAUACACUAAGUCCUGGGCCUCUAGGCAAUCAACUUGCUUAGCAUCCAAGUUUGGGAGGAUGAUGAAAGGACGGGGCUUGUCGGCCCUGGGCCUGCUGCUGCUGCUUGGAGCUGCCCUCGGCGGAAGAGUGCCACGCGGUGCCGACUUCAAAGCCAUCAACCACCGGCAUUCGGACGUGCGACUCCCACCUGGACUCAAACCUGAGUCGUACUUUUUGCAGCUGCAGCCGUUUUUGGAGCAGGACCUUUUCCGAGGACACAUUUUCAUCAACAUCACCGUGACUUCCGACCUGGAAAAACGCGACUUGAUCACCCUGCACGCCGGCGCCAAGCUGAAGGUGAAGCAUGUUACCCUGGACGAGGUGUACGCAGGUCCCACCUUCACCGUGACCACGACAACCGCUCCCGUUGCUGAAGGAGAAAACACUACAGAAAUCGCUGAGGAAAUCGAGGAGCCACCGAAGGUUAUCAGCGUGGACCGAGAGCCUCAGGAGCAGCUCCUGCUUAUUAGACUGUCCAAGGAACUUAUUCCAGGCUACUCGUACCGACUGGGUGCAGAAUUUUCGGGGCACAUGAACAACAAGUCCAGCGAUGGUCUAUUUAAAGGUCACUACGUGAAUCAAGUAACUGGCAACACUCACUUCUUCGUGGCUGCUCAUUUCAAACCGAGCUUUGCCAGAACAGUGUUCCCCUGCUUUGAUGAGCCGCAUUUCAAAGCUCCCGUUACCGUGUCCAUCGCACGUCCAAAGGACACCGAUCUGAGAACCAUUUCCAACAUGCCACACGUUUCCACUUUACCAAUGGUGAACGACAUUUCUUGGGUCUGGGACACGUUCGAGGCGUCUCCACCAAUGUCCACCUACGCAAUCAGCUUCUUGACUUCCGACCUGAUGGCCGGACCGUCAGAGGAGGGGGACAUUGUUAAAGUAUACGCCCGUCCAGCCCUCUCUGAGGAAUCCGAGUAUGCAAGAAAAGUGGCCCCUAAGGCACUCGACUACUUUGAAAAGACACUUGGAGUGCGAUUCCCUCUGGCCAAGCUGGACCUGGUCGCUUUGCCUGGUUUCAACGCUCCCGUGCCCGCCGAAAAUUGGGGUCUUGUUUUCUACAGGGAAGGAGACAUUUUGAGUGGAAGUAGCACUUACAACCGGUGGGUGACUUCAUACGUGGUCAACGAGUUGGCCAUGCAGUGGGUUGGAAGUCUUAUCACCCCCGAGUGGUGGCAGGAUGUCUGGAUGAACAGGGCGCUCGUCAACUUUCUCGCGAGAGGAGCUGCUUACCAGCUUGAGCCUGAAGAGGAAAAAAACUCCCACGAGCAGACUCCAGCUGCUGCAGUUUACGCUCUUUACUACGAGUAUAGCAAAAGGAGUCCAUACGCUCGUCAGCCCUCGAUGAAGGACAUAAUUUCAGCCACAAAAGCGGAGGUUGUCAUACGUAUGCUGAAUUUCACGAUUUCACAAAAAACAUUCAUGAACACCCUGCGAGACUUUAUCAAUGCCAAAAGCUACGACACCUACACACCUGAGCAGUUCUGGGCUGCGAUCGGCACCAGGGCUCAUCGCGAAGGCACGCUGCCAUUGGCCGUCAGUUCGAAGGCAGUGGCCUCCACCUGGAUGAACGGAAAUCGAAUUCCGCUACUCACAGUAACAAGAAAUUACAAGGGAAGCCUGAACCUGAUGCAGCGCCAAUUUAUCAGGGAUCCCAGUUUCGACGACGAGCAAGACGUUGAGGACGAGUCCCUCUGGUGGAUUCCAGUCAUCAUGGCGCCGCAGCUGUCGGACGGCAGCGUUGACCUGGCGUCGAAGGCUCCCGCACUGUGGAUGCCGCCGACGCGGCAAAUUGAAAAUCUUAGCGACCCCAGCGAUCCCGAGAACUUCCUGAUCGUGAAUCCUGAGGACAUCGGCCUCUUCCUGGUCAACUACGACGCGCAGAAUUGGAAGCUGCUUGGCAACCACCUGCUGAGAGAGGAGGGACGUAGCGGGCCAAAUGCAAUCCCACCGAGCACCAGGGCCAAACUGUUGCACGACGCCCUCAACCUGGCCAUGGCUGGAGCCCUCGACUUCAGCACCGCGCUUUCACUCACCAGGUUCCUCAAGUUUGAGAAGCAAUUCGAACCGUGGCACCCGUUCUUCAACAUGGUGGACGUGCUCUCCAAAAAACUGGAUGGAACCAAAGCUGGAAAAUUAUUUAGCUUAUUUGUACUGAGGCUGACGUCUAAUUUAGACGCAAGCCUCGGAGAAGCUGGCCUUCCAAAUGAAGUUGCCUGGAAAGGAAAAUUGAGAAGCAACACCAGACACAUGCUGUGCUCCCUAGGUCAGGAAAAUUGCAUCAAUAAGGCUCGAGACAUCUUUGCCCGUUGGGUCAGGAGCAAAACACCCGAUGCUAGCAUUCCUGUUCCUAGCCGCGUUUUCUGUCCUGUGUUCGCGUAUGGCUCCAAGGAAGAGUGGAAUUUCGGAUUUGAACGCUUUAAUCAUUUGUCAAGCUCAAAAGCAGCUGCGGAUCGGUCAUACCUGCUUAAAACUCUAGCGGGCUGCCCUAGAGACCCAUCGAAAAUCGAACGCCUCUUGACGGCAAUCUUGCUGAGCAAGGGAACCAAGAGUGAAUUGUUCUCUGAUGCGGACAUCCGACUGGUUUUGGGAGAAAUUUCAGGCAGACAUGCUGGUUACGUGGAGCUCUUUAGGUUCACGAAGACCCACUGGAAACAGCUCAAGGAAAACUUCCACAGCAGACCUCAUUUGUGGACGGCUCUUGUGACCGCCGCGACCUCAAAUUUCAAAACUGUUGAGGAAUUGAAAAUGGUGGAGCAAUUUAUCGAAGAACAUCAAGGCCACUUUGGUUCGGCUGCCGAGGGUGCUCUGCAAAAGUCGCUGGAGCGCGUACAAUUUGAGGCCGAGUGGAGCAAGAAGCAUCUUCCAGAAAUUGAAAACUGGCUCGUCGGCCAGAUGGUAGAUUAAACUAUACUGUAAUUUUAUUCAUCAUAUUUUGCAUAGCUUAAUGCUUAAAAUCCUCAACGAUAUAAUUAUGUGACAUAAUGGUAAUAGCCUAAUUUUCAAAUAAAUGGUGCACUCUUUGUUGUAAUAAAAACUCUUUAUAAG